UCCAAGCGAGCUGGGGCCGUGUUCCCUGCUUUCUCCUUCGCUCUGGGAGGGUAGGUGGCUGUGCCGCAGCCUCUGUCGCCCUGUGACCUGCAGGUACUGAAAGAUCUGUAAGGAGGAUGCCGGGACAACACGGAAGCCGGGAAAUGGGACUGCUGACAUUCAGGGAUGUGGCCAUAGAAUUCUCUGCAGAGGAGUGGGAAUGCCUGGACCCUGCUCAGCGGGAUUUGUAUAGGGAUGUGAUGUUGGAGACCUACGGAAACCUGGUCUUUCUGGCACUCCAUAUUAAAAGAAGCAACGAGAAGUCUUUAAAAAGCCCCAAAGAAACCCAGGACUUUGGUAAUAGAAUUGCAUUAAGUGUUCAGCCAAGUAUUUCUGAAGCUCAGAGAUUUAAGAAAGAAGCUAAUAAUUCUAAAUGUGAUCAAUUUUAUGGGUCCUUUGUGAAAAUUUUAUUAUGCUUCCACCAAAAAAUAAUACCAUCUUGUGCCAAAAUCUAUAAACGUGAUCAGUUUGAUAAGGAUUCUACCCUAAAUAAUUACCAGGAUAUUGACAGUGAUGAGAAAAACUAUCAAUGCAAUAAACCUGAAAAGACCCUGAACCAAGACUCACACUGUAGAAAAUAUCAGAAAGUUCAAUAUCCAGAGAUCCAGUACAAAUCUAAAAAAUGUGAGAAAGUCUUUCAUCAAUGUUUAAAGCUUUUUAGCCAUGAAAAUAUCUGUGUUCAAGAGUAUUCCUGCAAAUAUAGUGAAUGUGUAGAAGCUUUAACCGAGUCAGAGAAACAUUCUCAACAUCAGGGAAUUAAUAUUGGAGAAAACCCAUACAGGUGUAAACUCUAUAAAUGUAAAGAAUGUGACAAAACCUUCAAGCGUAGUUCAUGCCUUAGUCAACAUCAGAGAAUUCAUACUGGAGAGAAACCCUACCAAUGUAAAGAAUGUGGCAAAACCUUUAACCGUAGUUCACACCUUACUCAACAUCAGAGAAUUCAUACUGGAGAGAAACCCUACAAAUGCAAAGAAUGUGACAUAUCCUUUACUCAGUUUUCAGUCCUUAGACAACAUCAGAGAAUACAUACUGGAGAGAAACCCUACAAAUGUGAAGAAUGUGGCAUGUUCUUUUCCCAGUCGGCAAGUCUUAGACAACAUCAGGGAAUUCAUACUGGAGAGAAACCCUACAAAUGUAACGAAUGUGGGAAAGCCUUUAACCGUAAUUCACGCCUUACUCAACAUCAGAGAAUUCAUACUGGAGAGAAACCCUACAAAUGUCAAGAAUGUGGUUUUUCCUUUAUUCAGUUUUCAAACCUUAGACAACAUCAGAGAAUUCAUACUGGAGAAAAACCCUACAAAUGUGAAGAAUGUGGUAUAUUCUUUACCCAGUCAUCAAGCCUCAGACAACAUCAGAAAAUUCAUACUGGAGUGAAACUCUACCAGUGUAACAAAUGUGGCAAAGCCUUUCACCGUAGUUCACGCCUUACUCAACAUCAGAAUAUUCAUACUGGAGAAAAACCCUACAAAUGUCAAGAAUGUGGUAUGUCCUUUGCCCAGUCUUCAACCCUUAAAUACCAUCAGGUAGCUCAUAUUGGAGUGAAACCCCACAAAUGUAAAGAAUGUGGCAAAGCCUUUAACCGUAGUUCACACCUUAGUGAACAUCAUAAAAUUCAUACUGGAGAAAAACCCCACAAAUGUAAAGAAUGUGGUAUGUCCUUUGUUUACUCUUCAAUCCUUACGCGACAUCAGAGAAUUCAUACUGGAGAAAAACCCUUCAAAUGUGAAGAAUGUGGCACAUCCUUUACCCAGUCAGCAAGCCUCAGGCAACAUCAGGUAAUUCAUACUGGAGAGAAACCCUACAAAUGUAAAGAAUGUGGCAAAGCCUUUAGCCGUAAUGCAUACCUUACUCAACAUCAGAGAAUUCAUACUGGAGAGAAAUCUUACAAAUGUAAAGAAUGUGGCAAAGCCUUUAGCCGUAAUGCAUACCUUACUCAACAUCAGAGAAUUCAUACUGGAGAGAAAUCCUACAAAUGUAAAGAAUGUGGCAAAGCCUUUACCUGUAUUUCACACCUUACUCAACAUAAGAAAAUUCAUACUAUGGAAACCCUGUAG